AUUUCAGUUCUUGCCUUGAUCUUUUUUUCUUGUCUCUCUUCGUCAAAUGUUUGUGUUUUUUUUUCUUCCUAACAAACCAAUCUAUCUUUCUUUGCCCCUUUGAUUUGCUUUCCGAGGAAAGUGAAUCAAUCGCUUUUUAUCCUUUUCUGUACAAUCGUUUUUCUUAUACUUUCUGAAAUUUUGUCUCCCCUCUUUCAGUUUUCUCUCUCGUUCUUCACCUACUUUAACGUGAGAAAAGAUUCGGUGAAGAAUUUCCAGGCAGCGUUAAAGGUCUUGUUGAUUUACGAUCUCUUCUGAUUGGCAAUGGCUGAGGAGAAUGUUUUUUACGUCAAACAGAUGAUAGCCGAGGAGAAUGAUUUUGAUGCAAAAGCUACGAUGACAUUUGAAGAUAUGAUACCUGCAGUGGACGAGGAAAGUACAAAGGAUGGUCCUCCUCCAAUGUCAGAGGGUCAAAGGGUUAUACCGGAGAUUCAUGAAGUGUUGGAGCAACCGGUCGUGAAUCUGAGACGACAUUCCACUGGGGUGAUAGACAUGAGACCAGGCAAGACAAGGGUUCAGCCUCGGUAUCUUAGAAAUCAUGUGAGUUCAACGCAUGAUGUCUGUAAACAUGGAAAGAGACUUGAAGAUGAUGUUGUGAAGCCAUGGAAGUUGGCGAGGAAAAAGGGUGUUGAAGGAGAAGGUGGAGGAAAGACUGAUGCUUCGGGUGUGAGAAGGAAAUCGUUGGGCGAUGGUUAUGGUCAGAUAUUAAGUUCCAGACCCAAAAAACCCGAGAACUGUCCACCUGCUGCAACUGCAAAGAGAGAAGUCAUGGUUGUGGAAAAACCUUGUGUUUCUUUGAAUGCAGAGUCAACGAGAUCCAAAGAAGAUAGUGACAUUGUGAGAUCGACUGAUGGGUCAAGCGUUAAAAGGAGUGGUCAAAUAGGGAAGAACAAGGAAACUGAGAAUUCUCCAAGUGAUUCAGCCAUGGCAAGAAAGGUAUCUGGCGUGAGAAAUGAGAGAACAAAGACUGAUGCAAAGAAGGUUCAGAAGGUUGGCAGCACCAAGAGUUCUAAGGACGAGAAUGCGGUUUCUUCUUUGAAGAAAGUAAAAACUGGUCAGAAGACAAAGACUGAGCUUUCCAGCAAUGAAGAUGUACCAGAAAAGACUUUGUACGUUGUUGAAUCCAGUGUUGAGAAGCGAAGCGUCAAAGGGAUCCAGGGCGAGAUUCAGCAACCAUCUGGAAGGAAAAUCACAGGAAUCACAGGGAACAACAUGAAAGUUUCUAAACAUGUGCCAUCUUCUUCAUCAUCCUUGGAGGAUAAAGGUUCAAGAACUACCAAACUAGAAUCUCGGCUAACGAGAUCGUCUUCCAGGUCCAAGACUAGUAGAUUCAGUCCCAAUUUGCAUAAGAGGAAAGAAAGUGUUUCUGCAAACCUUGGAGCUGAUUUAAAACCCGAAAGCAAGAAUAAGCCUAGGAAGGUAGGGAUAAAGGUCACUCCUUUGACUAGGCAGCUGAGUUUCAAGAGAGGGAAGGUUCUUGAACCUAAAUCUGAGGAUUCUACACCGACAUGGAUUAAAUUCAGGAGGAGGGUUACUCCAGAAAGUUCGAAAACUAAAAGUGAUGGGAGGAAAAAGAGCCUGAGAGACAAACGGGACAGUGGUGGGAAAAGCAAUUCUACAGAAGGCAAACCCGAGAAAGUUGUCUUGAGGCAUAGAAAAGUGGAAACGAAGAAGAAGCUGCAGACGUUGUUCAAUAACGUGAUUGAAGAAACUGCAAGUAAGUUAGCAGAGGUGAGGAAGAGCAAGGUUAAAGCACUUGUCGGUGCAUUUGAGACUGUUAUCUCUCUUCAGGACAACAAGAAAUCUCAGAAACUUCAGAGCCAGGCCACCACAUCAACUCUUUGAAGGUUUGUCCUUUUGCUUCACUAUGUACAACUUCUUCUGUCCAUAUAAAUCCAUAAAAAAAAAAACACAAAAAUUUGGAACUUUUUUGAGAAAUUUUAAAGAGAGAUUGCAACAGAGAUACAUCCCCUGAAAGAACAACAAGGGUUUGCUUUAUCUCUUCAAUGAUUGUGUGUAACCUCUUCUUUUGGAAGUUUAUUAAACAUAUGUUCCUUUUCUCAAGUACUUGCAGUAAUAACUGUAAUAUACUGAACUCAAUGUUUGAAGAUAAAGAGAUUGUGGGGAUUUUAUACA